AUGUCGGGCCUGCCCGUCCGCGCCGCGCUGCUGCUGCUGCUGGGGCUGCCCGGGCUCCUGCCGGCGCGGCCGCCGAGCGGCGGCGGGCGGUCCCGGUACGAGCCCACCUGGGGCUCGCUGGACGCCCGGCCGCUGCCCGCCUGGUUUGACGAGGCGAAGUUUGGCAUCUUCAUCCACUGGGGCGUGUUCUCGGUGCCCAGCUUCGGCAGCGAGUGGUUCUGGUGGUACUGGCAGAAAGAAAAGAGAGAGCCCUAUGUGAAAUUUAUGGAGGCAAAUUACCCACCUGGGUUCAGUUAUGAAGAUUUUGGGCCACUGUUUACAGCAGAAUUCUUUGAUCCCAACCAGUGGGCAGAUAUUCUGAAGGCUUCAGGUGCAAAAUAUGUUGUCUUAACUUCAAAACAUCAUGAAGGCUUUACUUUGUGGGGGUCCAAAUAUUCUUGGAACUGGAAUGCUGUUGAUGUGGGACCGAAACGAGAUCUUGUGGCUGAACUAGCAACUUCUGUUAGAAACAGGACUGACUUGCAUUUUGGGUUAUAUCACUCCCUGUUUGAAUGGUUUAAUCCCCACUUCCUUGAGGAUGCCACCAAUGUCUUUAAGACAAGAAAGUUUCCAACCAGUAAAUCAUUACCAGAACUCUAUGAAAUUGUGACCAAGUACCAACCAGAAAUAAUUUGGUCUGAUGGGGAUGGAAAUGCGCCAGAUACUUACUGGAACAGUACUGGUUUCUUGGCUUGGCUGUAUAAUGACAGUCCAGUCCGGGACACAGUUGUGACCAACGACCGUUGGGGAGUUGGCAGCAUCUGUACACAUGGUGGCUUCUACACUUGUAGUGACCGCUAUAACCCCGGCCACCUCCUGCCUCACAAGUGGGAGAACUGUAUGACUGUUGACAAGAGGUCAUGGGGGUACAGGAGGAAUGCACAACUUGACGAUUACCUCGCAACUGAGGACUUGGUGAAGCAACUUGUAGAAACAGUGUCUUGUGGAGGAAAUCUCUUGAUGAAUAUCGGGCCCACUCAUGAUGGUCGCAUUGCUGUUAUAUUUGAGGAACGCCUGAGGCAGAUGGGUGCCUGGCUGAAAGUCAACGGAGAAGCCAUCUAUGGAACGAAGCCAUGGAGAGCGCAGAAUGACACGGUCACACCGGAAGUGUGGUACACUUUCAGCCCUAAAGAAAGCAGAGUCAACGCUAUCUUCCUUAACUGGCCAGUCUCCGGGACUCUGGAGCUUGGUGAACCACAGGCUAAGCUUGGAGAAACACAGGUGAAGCUGGUUGGCUACAAGGAGCUGCUGAAAUGGGUUGCACUGGGAGAAAAGGGAAUAGUGAUAGCUCUACCUCAAUUAACUCCUAAGCAAAUGCCGUGUCAGUGGGGCUGGACUUUGCAACUGACUGCCAUAAACUGAGCCAUACACUACUGGAGCCUUGGGCAGCAGGGAAUUCUGGUGUUUUGCCCAGUUUCUCAUCACUGGUUUCUAACUCUUACUUGCUUGACUGAGAAACAUCAAUAACUUCACUUUUUUCUGAAAGGUGGGCUGUUAUAGGAUGGAAUGGAAUGAACCUCAUGUGAAAUCUAGCACUAGAUAGUUGAAUCUCUGCAUACAAUUUGUUUCUUUGAACUUGUGUGAAAAACUGAGCAUCUGCCUUGACCUCUCCACUUUUUUUUUAAUCAGCUUCUUGCCAAGUUAUGUGAAGAACAGAGGGAAA